AUGAGCUACGAAUUGGUCUGCUUAGGAAACCCAUUGCUCGACAUCCAGGUCGAUGUCGACAGCUCGUACUUGGCAAAGUACGGGUUGAAGGAAAACGACGCCAUCUUGGCAGAGCCACAACACAUGCCGAUCUUCGACGAGAUCCUCGGGUACAAGGACGUGAAGCUGGUUGCAGGCGGUGCUGCGCAGAACACGGCCAGAGGCGCACAGUACGUGCUUCCAGCCAAGUCGGUGCUCUACUUCGGGUCGGUGGGCAAGGACGUCUACGCAGACAAGUUGGUGGACGCCAACCAGUCGGUCGGGUUGAGCACCGCGUACAUGGUGCACGAGGACAUUGCCACGGGUAAGUGUGCGGCGCUUAUCAACGGCGUCAACCGGUCCUUGGUCACCGACCUUGCGGCCGCCAACCACUUCAAGCCUUCGCACUUGGAGAAGCCAGAGAACUGGGCCAUCGUUGAGGCCGCCAAGGUGUUCUACAUCGGAGGCUUCCACCUCACCGUCUCUCCAGAGGCCAUCGAGCUGUUGGGCAAGCACUCUGCCCAGGAGAACAAGACGUUCAUCAUGAACUUCUCUGCUCCGUUCAUCCCUCAGUUCUUCAAGGCCGCCCUGGACCAGUGCGCCCCUUACGCGGAUUACAUUGUCUGUAACGAGUCCGAGGCUGCUGCCUACGCCGAGUCCCACGAGCUCGGCACCACCGACCUCGAGGAGAUCGCCAAGAAGGUUGCUGCGUUGCCAAAGGCCAACACCAAGAAGCCAAGAGUCGUCAUCUUCACCCAGGGCACCGACGCCACCUUGGCCGUCUCCUACGACGCCGCCACAAAGGAGUUCUCCACCAGCAAGUUUGCUGUUCACGCCUUGGACUCCGCCAAGAUUGUUGACACCAACGGUGCCGGUGACGCGUUCGCCGCCGGCUUCACCGCCGGUCUCGUCAAGGGCAAGGACUUGGCCACGUCCAUCGACAUGGGCCACUGGCUUGCCAAGCUCUCCAUCCAAGAGGUCGGGCCUUCCUACCCAUUCCCAAAGCAGGCCUACUCCGCCUAA